CUUGUUACACAUCAGCGAACUCACACAGGUGAUCUAUGCUCUGAAUGUGGGAAAUGUUUUGCAAACAAACCAGAUCUUGUUAAACAUCAGAGAAGUCACACAGGUGAGAAGCUAUUUCCAUGUUCUGAGUGUGGGAAAUGUUUUACACGGAAAUCAUAUCUUGUUACACAUCAGCGAACUCACACAGGUGAGAAGCCAUUUCUAUGCUCUGAGUGUGGGAAAUGUUUUGCAAACAAAUCAAAUCUUGUUAUACAUCACAGAAUUCACACAGGUGAGAGGCCAUUUCCAUGUUCUGAGUGUGGGAAAUGUUUUUCAUCUAAAUCAAAUCUUGUUAAACAUCAGAGAAGUCACACAGGUGAGAAGCCGUAUUCCUGUUCUGAGUGUGGGAAAUGUUUUGCACAGAAAUCAGCCCUUGUUACACAUAAGAGAAGUCACACAGGUGAGAAGCCAUAUUCCUGUUCUCAGUGUAUGAAAUGUUUUGCACAGAAAUCAAAUCUUGUUACACAUCAGAGAAGUCACACAGGUGAGAAGCCGUUUUCCUGUUCUGAGUGUGGGAAAUGUUCUACAUCGAAAUCAAAUCUUGUUACACAUCAGAGAAGUCACACAGGUGAGAAGCCGUAUUCCUGUUCUGAGUGUGGGAAAUGUUUUGCAUCGAAAUCGGAUCUUUUUAAACAUCAGAGAAGUCACACAGGUGAGAAGCCGUAUUCCUGUUCUGAGUGUGGGAAAUGUUCUACAUCGAAAUCAAAUCUUGUUGCACAUCAGAAAAGUCACACAGGUGAGAAGCCGUAUUCCUGUUCUGAGUGUGGGAAAUGUUUUGCAUCGAAAUCAGAUCUUGUUAAACAUCAGAGAAGUCACACAGGUGAGAAGCCGUAUUCCUGUUCUGAGUGUGGGAAAUGUUUUGCACAGAAAUCAGCCCUUGUUACACAUAAGAGAAGUCACACAGGUGAGAAGCCAUAUUCCUGUUCUCAGUGUAUGAAAUGUUUUGCACAGAAAUCAAAUCUUGUUACACAUCAGAGAAGUCACGCAGAUGAGAAGCCGUAUUCCUGUUCUGAGUGUGGAAAAUGUUUUGCAUCGAAAUCGGAUCUUUUUAAACAUCAGAGAAGUCACACAGGUGAGAAGCCGUAUUCCUGUUCUGAGUGUGGGAAAUGUUCUACAUCGAAAUCAAAUCUUGUUACACAUCAGAAAAGUCACACAGGUGAGAAGCCGUAUUCCUGUUCUGAGUGUGGAAAAUGUUUUGCAUCGAAAUCAGAUCUUGUUAAACAUCAGAGAAGUCACACAGGUGAUGAGCCGUAUUCCUGUUCUGAGUGUGGGAAAUGUUUUACAUCGAAAUCAAAUCUUGUUACACAUCAGAGAAGUCACACAGGUGAGAAGCCGUAUUCCUGUUCUGAGUGUGGGAAAUGUUUUACAUCGAAAUCAAAUCUUGUUACACAUCAGCGAAGUCACACAGGUGAAAGGCCACUGAUAUGUUCAGAGUGUGGAAAAUGUUUUACAAAGAAAUCAUAUCUUGUUAUACAUCACAGAAUUCACACAGGUGAGAAGCCAUUUCCAUGUUCUGAGUGUGGGAAAUGUUUUACACAGAAAUCACAUCUUGUUAGACAUGAGAGAAGACACACAGGUGAGAAGCCAUUUUUCUGUUCCGAGUGUGGGAAAUGUUUUGCACAGAAAUCAGCUCUUGUUAGACAUGAGAGAGAGCACACAGGUGAGAAGCCAUUUCCAUGUUCUGAGUGUGGGAAAUGUUGUGUAAGUAAAUCACAACUUGUUACACAUCUGCGCAGUCACACAGGUGAGAAACCUUUUCCAUGUUCUGAGUGUGGGAAAUGUUUUGCAUGUAAAUCAGAUCUUGUUAUACAUCACAGAAGUCACAUAGGUGAGAAGCCAUUUUCUUGCUCUGAGUGCGGGAAAAGUUUUACCUGGAAAUCCAAUCUUGUUAGACAUCAGAGAGAGCACACAGGUGAGAAGCCAUUUCCAUGUUCUGAGUGUGGGAAAUGUUGUGUAAGUAAAUCACAACUUGUUACACAUCUGCGCAGUCACACAGGUGAGAAACCUUUUCCAUGUUCUGAGUGUGGGAAAUGUUUUGCAUGUAAAUCACAUCUUGUUAUACAUCACAGAAGUCACACAGGUGAGAAGCCAUUUCCAUGUUCCGAGUGUGGGAAAUGUUGUGUAAGUAAAUCACAACUUGUUACACAUCUGCGCAGUCACACAGGUGAGAAACCUUUUCCAUGUUCUGAGUGUGGGAAAUGUUUUGCAUGUAAAUCAGAUCUUGUUAUACAUCACAGAAGUCACAUAGGUGAGAAGCCAUUUUCUUGCUCUGAGUGCACGAAAAGUUUUACCUGGAAAUCCAAUCUUGUUAGACAUCAGAGAGAGCACACAGGUGAGAAGCCAUUUCCAUGUUCUGAGUGUGGGAAAUGUUGUGUAAGUAAAUCACAACUUGUUACACAUCUGCGCAGUCACACAGGUGAGAAACCUUUUCCAUGUUCUGAGUGUGGGAAAUGUUUUGCAUGUAAAUCAGAUCUUGUUAUACAUCACAGAAGUCACACAGGUGAGAAGCCAUUUUCUUGCUCUGAGUGCGGGAAAUGUUUUACACACAAAUCACGACUCGUUACCCAUCAGCAAAGUCACACAGGUGAGAAGGCAUUUCCAUGUUCUGAGUGUUGGAAAGGUUUUGCACACAAAUCACAUCUUGUUAUACAUCAGAGAACUCACACAGGUGAGAAGCCAUUUUCUUGCUCUGAGUGCGGGAAAUGUUUUUCACAGAAAUCAGUUCUUGUUAUACAUCACAGAAGUCACACAGGUGAGAAGCCAUUUCUAUACUCUGAGAAAUAAAUCAUCUCUUGUUGCACACAAUAGACAUCACUCAGGUGAGGAACCAUUUUAAUCUUCUGGAGUAUACUUAUCAUUGCCAUGCAUUGUUCUUCAAGGUUCUUAUCCUAUCUCCUAUGCUUUUUGCAAUAUGCAUGUUACCACUGGGUGAAAUAAUCAGAUGUCAUGCCCUCAUCUGCCACUGCUAUACAAAUGACCUGUCUUUGCUCUAGGUACUGAGAACCCAGUACCAAUCCUAAAUGGUUGUCUAGCUGAGCUCCAGGUGUGGCUGAUGCCAGUUGGUUGUGAUUCAGUCCUGGUGAAACAUGUCUUUAAGCUCACCACCAAAGGGCAGGGCUACAGUUCAGCUUUGCAAACCAACCAGACUUACGCUUGGGGGUUCAGAGUUACAAAAUGCUGAUCAUGUGCGGAAUCUUGGUGUCCUGGAUGGUGGAGUGACACUUAGACAUCAGGUAUCUGCCACAAUCAGAUCCUCAUCUGAGGAACAUAGCCAGACUCCAG